AUGUCCCCUUCGAUAUCAUCACCACCUUCACCCUCGCCGUCGCCUUCGACAUCACAACCCACACGUACCUCGCUCCUCACGAUCCCCAUUGAACUCAGGACUCUAAUCUACAACAAUCUCCUGUCGGGACCCAAUCGAUACAUAAUCUCAACAAGCGACCGACACCGGCUCUACCAGCGCCUCGCUGCAGGCGAAAACCGCCCCAGAUCCCAAGGCGCAUAUGCAUUCCCCGCCGCAAACCUGCUCGUCGUGAACCGACAACUCCGCGUCGAGAUCCAACCGCUCAUCAUCGAAAGAGCAUCUCUGUACUGCUCGCUCACCGAUUUCUACGAGCGCUCGUACUGCACGCUCCAACUCCCGAUCUGGCUGAGGACCUCGCUGAAGCAAUUCGCCAUCUACGAACACUACGCGACGUCCUCUGCGAGCUCCGCGGGCGUCGUGGCCGACUUGCGUGGCAUGGAUGCCAGAAACAGCGAUGGUGGGGAGCAGCGUGAGCCAAUGCUCGCCACGCAACUCGCCAACCAGAUGGAGAUGACUUCCCGGCGCGUGGCAUACGUGCGACGAGGGAUGUUUCUCAAGGCACUGCCGGCGCUGGAGUCGGUCGAGGUGCUGUAUCUCUGGCGUGACAUGUCAGAGAUGCCGGAGGCGACGCUCGAAGAUUUCCACGACGGGGAGCUGCGACAUAAGCUGAUGGCUUUCAUCAGGCACGCAUUCCGCACCGAGCUCUUGUUUGAUUACUUUGUCGCCGAGCGGCUCGUGAGUGGCCAGCUUGAUGGCCUUGAUCCGGGCGACAUACCCGAGGGGCUCCUGGAUGCUAAUGGCAAAUUGCACCCAUUGGACCUCACCUCGAAGGAAUUGCCUGUGAACAGGGUCAAGGUGUCGAUUACUACACAUCUCUGUGAGAUGUAUCCUGAAGAAGGGGCCGAGUCGAGGUGUCUUUGCAUUAGCUACAGUCCUCCAUCAUACAACACAACGCAACUUUGGAUGGGACCAAAUUAUCACCCUCCAGACCCGAUGAAAUUGGGAUGGCAUCCUCAUGAUUAG